AUGUCGUCUGUGAGACCUAGAGUGACGCCGGUAAAGGCUCCUGUGUUACCAAAGCAGACCACCCCAGAGCAGAGGUACUGGAGGUCUUAUUCAUCUACUCAGCUUGUUAAAGAGCACAAUGCAGUGACUCAUAUUGCCUUCAAUCCCCAGCAUCCACAUGAUUUUGCAGUUACCUCUUCUACUAGGGUACAGGUCUUCUCGUCAAGGACAAGACAAGUGAUCAAGACGUUUUCUAGGUUUAAAGAUGUGGUGCAUUCGGCCACUUUCCGUCAAGACGGUAAACUUUUAGUAGCAGGUGACGCUACUGGGUUAGUGUCCGUUUAUGAUAGUUAUAAUCCACGUACUUUGUUGCUUUCUAUACAAGCUUCGUCGCAUCCUACGCAUGUGACGAAGUUUCACGAUCAGGAUAACAAGACUUUGGUGACGGCAAACGACGAUAGAGUAGUGAGACUAUGGGAUGUUUCUCAUGCUUAUGAACCCACUUUACAGUUAACUGGAGCAUCUGAUUAUGUUAGAUCAGUCUGCUUUGUGCCAAAUGCUCCACAUAUGGUCGCUACAGGGUCGUACGAUGGAGUAGUUAGAUUGUACGAUAUUAGAACGAAAUCAGAUAAACCACAGACAACUUUGGAUCACGGUCUUCCUGUGGAAGAUAUCACAGCCAUAUCUCCUACUCAGCUUGCAUCGUGUGGUGGUAACGGGUUCAAAGUAUGGGACUUGACUAGCGAUAGAGCCCUUUGUGAACGUCAAAAUUUCGCAAAGACGGUCACCUGUUUGAAUUACACAAAUAUGGGAGAAGAAUCACCAAUGAGUUCCGUACUAGUUGCAUCCUCGCUUGAUGGUCAUGUUAAGAUCUUUUCCCCGUUGGAGAACUUCCAAUUCAAGUUUGGCUGGAAGUUUAGCAACGCUGUGCUAAGUUGUGCAGUCUCACCAGGCGAUGCGCAAGGUAAUAAACAUUUCGUUGCAGGUUUAUCCUCAGGAAUUCUAGCCAUCAAGACGAAGAAGAAGUCCAAAAAGAUUAACCUCGCUGAUGUCUCUGAUUUGGAGGAUUUACCAUUACAACAGCAAGAGAAGUCUGCGAAAUCCAACAAUUUCCAGAGAAUGAUGAGAGGGUCCGAAUACAGAGGUGAUCAAGAGCAUAUUAUACACAACGAUAAGCCAAAUCCUCAGCGUAAGUUGCGUCAAUUCGAAAGGCAUAUCAACCAAUUCAAAUGGUCUGACGCAUUAGAUUCUGCAUUUAUCCCCGGUAUGGCUAAAGAAUUAACUUUAACGGUAUUACAAGAACUAAGGAAAAGAGGUAAAAUCAAGGUUGCAUUAUACGGUAGAGACGAAAGUUCUCUAGAACCACUACUCAACUGGUGCUUGAAGGGAAUAGAAGAUGUUAGAAGUGCACCAAUUGUUGCAGACUGGAUUGCGGUUGUAAUUGAACUCUACGGUAGUGUACUGGAGAAGUCCCCAGUACUUGAAGAGAUGGUAAUCACUCUAAAGAAAAGAGUAAGGGAAGAGAUCCGCAAAGCAAAAGAAGCACAAAAGAUAGAGGGUAUGCUCCAAUUGUUAACAAACUGA